AUGGCAGACGCCUACCUCAUCCGGGUCACCGCCGGACCCAACUACGACCCGGCCUCGCACGUCGAGAUCCCGGUCAACGACCCGCGCCCGGUCCGCGUCGUCGCCAACGCCCUGCUCGACGCCGACCUGUGCGUGCGUGUCCACAACUACCGCGGCCUGCCCCGUGCGGCGCCCAAGACGUCGCCGUAUUUUGAGCAGGAGCCGCAUGGAUAUAAUGGGGAUCAGUAUUCGAUUGCGCUGAGGUUUCGGUUGAAGAGGCCGGGUGGGGGUGGUGAGGGGGUGGAUAAGGGGCGUGGGGAUGAUAAGGUGGGUGAGGGAGAGGGUGAGGAUGAACUGGGGGUUGAUGAGGAAGGGGAAGCGAAGCCGGAUGGGGUGCUGGGAACGGAUCUGCAGUUCGGCAACGACUUCGAUCACCCCAUCCGCGACCGCCUGCCGCCUGGGUUUGGCACGGCGAUGAACAUCGUCAAGUGGUGGAUCGAUCCCGGGCUGGAAGGAGACCCAUACGCUGACGUGCCCUACCUCUACGGCCCCGCCUUGAGUUCCUUCAAUGCGGUCCAUGUCGGUGAGGGCGAGGAGGACGAAGCGAAGGGCGGGUUGUGGUUCGAGGAAGGGGGCGACGAGGCGGGGAAGGAGUGGCGAAAAGAGCUCGGCGCGCCGGACGAUCCGAAGCAGAGGAUGAAGUGGGCUUUAAAGACGGAGAAUAAGGAAAAGUGGACGUGGGAGUAUGAGAGGGCGUACGGCGUCGAUUUCUUCAAUCCGUACAUCGACUUCAACGAGUUCGCGUUGCGGCUCCCGGGGUUCAACCUGCCGAUCAUGAAGUACUGGGAUGGGCAAGGGUUGAGGCAUCACCGCAAACGCUCACACCAGCUCAGAUACGUGCUACGAAACCGCUCGACUGGGCAGGUUUAUCUCGUUGUGCUGUUCACCCUGCACUUGGCUGAAGACGUGAACGAGGAUGGUACGCUGAAGCCUGCCGCGCUGGAGGCUAUGAAACGGGGUCAGGGGCAAAAACAACAGCCGUUCCUCGGACCCGAGUCAGACCUGGAGCUUGAACCUGACGAGGAAGACUUUAAUGAAGAGGAGGCUUUGAGCGAGGCAAGACGGAAAUUGUCAGGGGUGGAUUUGGAAGGGGAAAGCGGGACAAAGGCGGAUGAUGUAGAUUGA